AACUAAAUGGUGGGUAUUUUACAGUAAGAGCAGUACCGCAGUCCUAUUGAGUGAAAUUAACGGUAACUAAUAACGACGCGAGUGAUUGAUGUUUUGCCUAUUUUGGAUUAUAAAAAAUUUGAUAAUUUUAUGUUGUAGUCAGGCUCGAGGUAAGAUAAAAUAAAGGCAAAUAUUGCUUAAUUAUUUCGAAAAAAAAAGCUAAUCCUUGGCAUUGGGGUUUGUAAAUAAUUUACGCUCACAUUAUUGGGAGAUUACUGUUGACUUUCUGUGAAAAACUGAAAAAUGUUAAAUUUGAUUCUUUCACCGGCUUCAAGAAGUAUUCAUUCAAGAUCCUAUAGAUCCACCUUUAAAAAUUUUAUCUACGUCAACAAAUAUUAAGUUAAUAGAAGUAAUUGAUAAUUGCUAAAAGUUUUUUCGAUGUUUUUCGAGAAAAUUUUCACUGAUAAUUUCUGGAACAAGUUUGCGGAUACACUAAAACCAAUAAACCACAUAGGAGAGUUACAAACAAUCUCACAAACAAACAAAGGAACCUGCAUACAGAUGAAGAUCAAACAGGUGACAAAUUUCUUCUCCGCACUCGGUCGUAAAAAAAGAAACGAUGGGGAAGGAAGCAGUCCUUUAGCUAGAGUUUUAACACUUGUGGAUUUGACUGCGUUAGGCGUUGGGUCUACUUUAGGGUUAGGAGUCUACGUUCUCGCCGGAUCUGUUGCAAAAACUGUAGCUGGUCCUGCCGUUUGUAUUUCGUUUCUAGUGGCAGCUGUAGCGUCUGCAGUUGCAGGUUUGUGUUAUGCAGAAUUUGCCGCGAGAGUACCGAAAGCCGGAUCAGCUUACGUUUAUAGUUAUGUUAGUGUUGGAGAAUUUGUAGCAUUCGUUAUUGGCUGGAACCUUAUUUUAGAAUAUGUGAUCGGUACGGCAAGUGUGGCACGUGGAAUGAGUAGUUAUUUAGACGCACUGGUAGACAAAAAAAUCAAAAAUCAACUAACAGAAUGGAUGCCUAUAGAUAUUUCGUUUUUAUCUCCCUACCCAGACUUUUUAUCGUUUAUUUUUGUUAUGGUAUUAACAGGUCUUCUUGCUUUCGGAGUGAAGGAAUCUUCAAGUUUCAAUAAUUUUUUCACGAUAAUAAACUUGGUUACGAUAUGUAUAGCUAUAGUGGCAGGAUCAAUAAAUGCUGAUGUAAAAAAUUGGCAGAUUGAUACGAAUACUCUAUCACCAGCAGAUAAAGAAGUUGCCGGGGCAGGAGGCUUUAUACCAUUCGGAGUUGCGGGUAUAAUGGCCGGAGCAGCCAAAUGUUUUUAUGGUUUUGUUGGUUUUGACGCCGUCGCUACAACCGGAGAAGAAGCUAAGAAUCCUCAAAGAGAUAUUCCUUUAGCAAUUGUGAUAUCAUUAUCAAUUAUAUUUGGCGCGUAUUUUGCUAUUUCCACAGUUUUAACAAUGACUUGGCCGUAUUAUCUACAGGAUGCUGAAGCUCCUUUUCCUUAUGUGUUCGAUCAAAUAGGAUGGACUUCAAUUAAAUGGAUCGUAACGAUUGGUGCCAUUUUUGCUUUAUGUACUAGUAUGUUAGGAGCAAUGUUUCCCUUACCAAGAGUUAUAUAUGCAAUGGCUAACGAUGGUGUUAUCUACAAAGUUUUAUCGAAAGUAGAUUCUCGAACGCAAACACCAAUUAUUGCUACGGUUUUAUCGGGACUUUUUUCAGGGAUAAUGGCAAUUUUAUUUGAUCUAGAUCAGUUGAUUGAUAUGAUGUCAAUAGGAACACUUAUGGCAUACACCAUAGUAGCUGUGUCUGUAUUGUUAUUAAGGUAUCAACCAAUUGAGAAAAGCAAGUAUCCCGGUUUGGAAACGAAUGAAAAAAUUGAAAGUAUCGAAAAUUACAUGAUGAAGAACUUGAAAAAUCUGUUUAAUCUACAUAACAUAAAGUAUCCCACAAAGGAAUCAUCAAUUAUAGUAAAUUGGAGUAUAGCUUUAUUCAGCAUAUUUACUGCUUUAUUUUGUGCUACAGUAGCAAAUGGAAGAAAACUUGUUUUUACAGAGCCUCUUUAUAUUCUGGCUUUUAUUAUUACUAUUAUUGGGAUGGCAGUAUUAAUGGUGAUUAUGAUUAGACAACCUGUAGCUGAUGAAAAGCUAUCAUUUAAAGUUCCUUUAGUUCCAUAUGUUCCUUGUCUAAGCGUAGUCUUUAAUUUAUAUUUGAUGUUCGAACUUGAUUUAAACACAUGGAUACGAUUUUUAGCGUGGCUAGCGAUCGGUUUCGUAAUAUACUUUACCUAUGGUAUACAACAUAGUGAGGAAGGUCGAUUUAUCAAAGAAAAACGAGAAGGGAAAGGAGCACAAGAAAAGGAAGUAACGACCUUUUAAGGAAAACAAACGGUUAAAGCGGUGUACAAAGUCAAACUAAAAGAAUAUUUGACUAUAACUAUAGAAAAUCUAACGUUUAUAAUAAUACAAUGAAAACGAGGGGAGAUUUACUUUUGUAUUCUCUUUAAAUCUUUUGGGAUGAUUUCCGGAUGAUAAAAACCUGUGUACUAAAGUAAUAUCCAAAUUAUCUUCAUCCACUACAAUUAUCAAUAGAAAAUAGAAAGUUCAAUUAUUUAUAUGAUAUAUAUUGAGAGAUAUUUAGGCAGUGAGGAUAGUAUUUGAAUUAGACGACGUAAAAACUUUAAAAUUUCACUGCAAAAUACGUAAGACGAAAAUAUAUUCAUACCUGCCAGCAGCCUAUCUAGGUUUACUAACCCCUGUACUUGAUUUAGUUCCACGGCAAACCCGCUUUAGCUAGUUUCGCGAUUCAGCAUUGAGAAAGAUGAUAAUGGUUAGCGAGUUGUUUUACUACCAUACAAAACAAAAUUAGGUGAAUUAGCAACGAAAAUGUACAAAAGUUGAAAGGAAAUUGGCCCACUUUUUAUAAAUCGGAACAUUUUUUUAAAUUUAAAUAUUUCUUUUUGGUAAUUUUAUACUUUAGCUUUCUUUAGAUUUCUUGAGAUAAUUAAAAACAUCGAUUUUUUUGCCUAAUCCUACUUACGAACGUGGAGCAUGAUCUUUAUUUACCUACUCCACAUUUAGAGUUAAUUAAAGGCUCAAUACUGUACAAUGAGGAAAAAAUGCACAACCAUUUGCCAAUUCAAAUCAAAUCUAUAACAUCUUUUUCCAUAUUUCGUAAGAAUUUAAGGGCAUAUAUGCUGGAAAGUGCUUUCUACUCUGUAAAGACUAGUAUUCUAACACAAAUAUUUAAUUGUGAGCAUUCAAACAAAUUAAUCGUUAUAGAUAAACCGUACUUUAACGCUUGGAUUAAGCUGCACAAAAUUUUGCGGCUUUACAUGAAGGUACACAGUCUCCGUAUGCAGUGUCUGUUCCUGUUUCAUUCGCGUAAAGAUAUUACAUAUCAAAAACAAAUAUUUAAUGACAGAUCUAUACUCAAUUUUUUCCAUUUUCAAAAAAAUUACCAUCUCUUCUUUGCAUUGCUGUAUCUAUGUGUUCACAAUAUAUUUUUUCCAGUUUAUCAUUAUUACCAUCUAUUACAUAAAUCAUUCUUAAAAACCAGUUUUUAUUAUUAAACGGAUCUUUUUGAUUUGGUACCUCCAGAAAUGUGUGUUUUAUAAACAGAGAAUAACUUGAAUUAUGUGGAUCUGUUGAUGAUUGUGUUAUUUGACCAUGCUAACUGAAAACCUUCCGGAUUAGCUUGAAAGUUGAAUAGCAGUUAGUGCUGAAAAAAAAAUGUCGAUAGCUAUGUAUAUAUGUGACCUCUAUGAAGAGUAAGGAGUAGGUGAUUAUGAAAAACAGAAAAGAUAAUUAAAUCAUUUUAAAAAUGAUUUUGUUCUUUUUUCCAAUAAAAAAUAUAUUUAAGCAAAUGCUGUAUUCGUAAAUAUCAAAUAAGUUAUUUGAAUUUCAUUUACUGGGCUAUGACAAAUUUUAAUUAGUUAGUUUGUCACUAGAACAUUAUUUUGUGAUAGCACCUAUUUCUAUAUUACAAUUUUAGGAGAUCUGUGAUUUAAUUUUAUUAUGAUAUUUCAAAUCAGCAAUUAUAAUCUUUAGUAAGCUAUAAAUAGGAAAUUUAGGUACACAAAAUAAUAACUGUUAUUAUAACAUUUUAGUAUUCCAUAGAUUUUCAUAAAUUUUGGUAUUUAAAUAAUUUUUGUUACAAAAUAGACCAAGUAACAUUAAUGGAACAAUGUCUUUUCCAGUAACACGAUUUUUAUAAUAAAAAAAAAUAAAAACUUUUUAAGAAUUGUUUUUUUUUUAUUACAUUCAAAACCUUGUAAUAAAAUUAUAU